GGGAAAGAAAGCAAAAAAUCAGACCAAGAGAGUUUAAAGGAUUUCAUUAGGCAAAAUCCACAUUCAAAGUACUUUUUCGAUGGGAAGACUGAAGCUGAUAGAGUAGAAUUAUGUAGACAGUCUGAUAACUCAUCAACCAAGGAUUGCAUUCAACUUGGAUUAGAUAGCCGGAAAAUGUUUGAACGGUUGAAUUCGCUCAACUUCUUCUGUGUACUCCCUCAAGAUCCGUCAGAAACUGUGAUAGAGUGUGAGCCAAUUCCACCUGGUCCAGAGCUUUAGAUGCUCAACCAAGAUUUAAAAUGAAUUCUUGUAUAAACGAAUAAAAAUAUUUAUCACAAUAUCUCUAUAAACUCUACUAUCAAGGUUGAUGUCUGAAUUAGAGGAGAUAAUAACAGAAGAAUACGAGGUAUUGGAAUCCAUCUAUCCAGAGGAGUUAGAGCGGAUAUCCGACAGGGAACUCAAGAUUACGACGAUUCCAGACGAAGAGAUUGGUGAACCACUCAAAACAGAUUUGAGGAUAACAUACACAGAGCAAUACCCGAAUGAACUACCUGAUUUUGAGAUUGAAGUCUUAGAAGGUACCUUGGACGAUAAAGAGAAGGAUGGAUUAGUAGAGCAGCUUAAUGAGAUCGGUCAAGAAAGUCUGGGUAUGCCAUUAGUAUUCUCCCUAGCCAGUGCUUUGAAGGAUGGCAUUUCCCAAUUGGUUCAAGAUAGAGAACAAAUGAAGGAACAAGCAGAAUCUGACAGGAAACAAGCUGAAAUUGAGAAAGAAUUAGAGAGAACACGUGGUACGCAAAUCACAAGGGAGAAUUUCCUGGAGUGGAGGAGUCAGUACAUUGCAGAAAGAAAUGCAGAGAUUGCUAGAAAGGAGGAAGCUGAGCUGUCGAAGUUAGCAAACAAGGAGCGCGAAGAGUUGCGAAAGUGGAACACUAGAAAAUCAGGUCGUCAAUUGUUUGAAAAGGACAGAACACUGGCUGAUUCAGACGCCACAUUGAUGAAUAAAGGUGAUGAAGGCAUUGAUCUUCGUAAGUUUGAAAAGCAAAAUGACCAAGACAACCAAGAAGAACAGCUCGUUGAAUUUAGUGAUCCUGAGGAAUAAACCUGUACAACAUAUACGUCACUACAGACGGAACUAAAUGAAUUAAUAGAAUUUAAU